CAGGAGCCCCGUGCUGUUGUGCAAAGUCUGCGGUGACACCAGCAGCGGCAAGCACUACGGCAUUUACGCCUGCAAUGGCUGCAGCGGGUUCUUCAAACGCAGCGUCCGCAGGAAGCUCAUCUACAGGUGCCAGGCGGGCAACGGGAUGUGCCCGGUGGACAAAGCUCACAGGAACCAAUGCCAAGCCUGCCGGCUGAAGAAAUGCCUCCAAGCCGGGAUGAACAAAGAUGCUGUGCAGAACGAGCGUCAGCCCCGAAGCACUGCGCAGGUGCGACUGGACGCUGCCGGUUUGGACCCUGAUCAGCCACCUGGUCACCUGACAACCACGCGGGACGUGCCCCCACAACAGUGCCCUUCGCUGCACAGCCCCAGAGCCGCUGGCUCCGCCUACUCUGGGACAGGGGCUUCCAGACCCCAGGGCUCGACACCCCCCAGUAAUCACCGCUUCAUGGCCAGCCUGAUGACAGCUGAGACCUGUGCCAAGCUGGAACCCGAGGAUGCAGAUGAGAACAUCGACGUGACGAGCAAUGAGCCGGAACACGCUGCGGGGGAGUCCCAGCCGCCCCUGUACCCGGCCACCAGCGCUGAGAGCAUCUACGAAACGUCCGCCCGCCUCCUCUUCAUGGCUGUCAAGUGGGCCAAGAACCUGCCGGUCUUUUCAAACCUGCCCUUCCGAGACCAGGUGAUCUUACUGGAAGAAGCCUGGAGUGAACUCUUCCUUCUCUGCGCCAUCCAAUGGGCGUUGCCCCUGGAAAGCUGCCCCCUUUUCUCGGUCUCAGAGCUGGCCCCAGCCCUCAAUGGGAAGUUGGCGUCUGCCAGCGUGGACGUCCGCUCUCUGCAGGAAAUAAUUGGACGCUACAAAGUGAUGGCGGUGGAUCCCACCGAGUUUGCUUGCAUGAAGGCGAUCGUACUCUUCAAACCAGAAACACGAGGCCUGAAGGAUCCGGAGCAGGUGGAGAAUUUGCAGGAUCAGUCCCAGGUGAUGCUGGGCCAACAUAACCAGAUGCAUUACCCCAGCCAGCCUGUCAGGUUUGGGAAACUCUUGCUGCUCCUGCCCGCUUUGAAGUUCGUUUCUUCGGACCGGAUGGAGCUGCUUUUCUUCCGCAGAACCAUCGGGAACACCCCCAUGGAAAAGCUGCUCUGCGACAUGCUCAAAGACUGACCUGCUCCUCUGAGGGACGGACCCCUUUCCGUGACACUCCCCCCCCCCCAUUUCAAAGGUGAAGGUGAUGACCGGGAUUAGGGAGACAGCCCCCCCCCCCCCCUGUUCCCCUCUUCACUCUCAACCCGAUGGCUGGAUGAUCCUAUGCAGCCUGGAAAAAAAUUCACAGUUCGCAAAGUCACUGGCACCUAAACUCCGAAGAACCCCAAGCACGGCCACAUUUCCAAAAUAAUAUCCGCCCGAGCCACACACACACAACCAGAAAUGCCUUCCCUCUAAUUCCAGUUUGAGAAAGGGCUGGAAGCACGCUCACCUGCUCAAAGAUGCUCUCGGCGAAUAUGCCAUCCAGGGCUGGGGUUUAGCCAGAAAU